AUGACGCUUGUCGACGUCUCAUGUAGUCCCGUGUCGGAGCACAUUCGAGACGAGAGCCCCGAGAUGGCGGCCGCGGAAGAGGAGCAGAGAGCCGUUGCCGCUGCCGCCGUCGAGCCGUGCACCGGAUGCGUUCAGUUGCACAAAAAUAUCAAACAGGUGCACUUUUUGAUGAGCACAACUUGAAAACUAUGGGAAAUGAAUUGUAGAAUGUGGAGCAGAUAAUGAGCAAAAUGAGCAAGUUGGAAUCAGUGUGCGAACGGAUCGAAUCACUCGUCGCCGAGAAGGAAAAAGAGCAGAGCUCCGUGGCAGUUGGACUCCAUGAGCACAUGUCGGAGAGUGGAAGUGAAGAGAAGGUACGAAAAUAGCAAAAGAAAAGCAUGUGAUAGGGCAGAGACCGGAAACUGGACAAGAUUUAUUGAAAGGGACUGGUGUAAUUGGGAAGGCUGCACAGAGAACAUUGAUAUCUUGCCAUUCCAGUACGCUCCAUCUCCGUCUGGAAGCCGUGGCUCUCCGAAUCCAUUAAACGGAAAACUUGUGAACGGAAACGGAAACAACGGCGGCAGUCGGAAACGGAAACCAACGAAAGAUUCGGUGAACCGAGUGAAUGCUCUCGUUGAGAAUAGACUGCCGCUCGACAAUCUGCUCAAUGGACACGGCUCUCCAGCCGAGAAACUUCCGAACUCCAGACAGACCCCCGUCUCCGCCAGCUCCCCGUUCCCCGACUUCAACAAUUUCAAUGGUUUCAUUUGUACGUCCACCUUAUCCCAGAGGCUUCCGAAGCAACCUUGUCUUUCAGUUGAUCCGAUGGCAAACCCUCAGAAUAUGAUGCAGUUGUUGAACCUUGUACAGCAGCAACAACAGGCACAGCAGCAGGCUCAACAGCAGCAGCAGUCCCAGCAGAAAGCGGAAAUGCAGAAGAUUGCAAAAGCUGAAGAGCGGCAGACGGUGACGGUGAAGCAGGAGCCGGCAGAAACGAGGACGACUCCGCCGAGCCUAAACGAGCAGACGCUGCUGGAUCAGUUGGCUGCUCAGUUCAACGGGGUGCUUGCAUUCAGAAGACGUCCUCGUCUCAUCAGUGACCCAUUCCAGAACGCUCCUUCGCCGACAGUGCAGGCGGCGGCGAACGCAAGUCCGGAAGACGACUCCGGCUCGUCGAUCUCGCGUUGCUCGAAUUGUUCGACGGCGAAAACGACAGCGUGGCGACGUGAUUUGGCGGGCAAGCUGGUGUGCAACGCGUGCGGAUUGUACUACAGAUUGCAUCGGGUGAGCGUGAGCGCAUUUCACUUUUCCUCCUGAAGAACCUUGACAAUAUUCGUGGCGUCGUUUCGAAAGAUAAUUAGAAGAUUGCGGAGUGACGGACCGAUUACCUCUUCCUUAGAAUCCGUGUCUUCUAGGCCGGGCGUGGGUGGGCGAAAGGUCGUUCCGUCUAAUUAUCGAUGAAUUGGAUUGGCUGACUGACUGACUGAGUUACCCGGGCCGAUGAAGAUGCGAUGAUGGGCGGUGGCGAAUGAGUUCGAAGUGGUGAACGAACGAACGAACGAACGAAACGUUAACGAGUUAUUUAGCAGCCGCAUGAGAGGGGGAAGAAAUUAGAACGCAUUCAGAAAGGGAUCAUCGGGAGAUCAGCGGGGGAAACUUUCCGAAUUGCAGACUCAUCGGCCAGUGCACAUGCGGAAGGACUUCAUCCAGCAGCGAUUCCGCAGAAAGAUCAAAGAGGAAGAGAGCGUGAGUUCAUCCCAAUCCAACAGUCGAAUCGAUGCUUCCCAUUUCAGCCGACCACUUCGCAAUCGGCCAUGUUCAGUCAGCUGCUCGGCCUUCCCCAGAUGGCGUCGGGCAACGGAUCGGCGGCCGCUUUCUCACUGCUCGAACAGUUCAACCAACUCAAUUAG